UCACCAGACGACAGUGCAUCAUACUAUUAUUUCACAAUCGACGACCAGCUGCUGUAUCUAUCGUUCUUUCAGGACUGGGGCCCACUGAACAUUGCCAUGGUAUACAAAGCAUGUAUCCUAAUUCACGAACUUCUCGAGGAUAAAGAUCUGGCUUCAUACCGACUCGUUCUUUACUCCUCAGACGACCCGAGACGAAAAGCGAACGCUGCUUUAUUGAUGGCUCUUUACUCGAUGAUCGUACAGCGUCGAGCCCCGUGGGAAGCUUUUCAUCCCAUUGCGGAGAUGGAGUUUAUGCCAUUCCGAGAUGCGGGGCGGGGGCCAUCCGACUUCAAUUUGAAUAUUCAAGAUUGCCUUUGGGGAAUGUGGAAAGCAAUGCAAAACGGUCUUUGCGACAUGAAUGAGUUUAGUGUGGAGGAUUAUGAAUUUUAUGAGAAGGUGGAAAAUGGCGACUGGAAUUGGUUAACGCCGCAUUUCAUCGCCUUUGCUUCGCCAGUGGAUACCAAUUGGAUCAAGCGGGACAAGGAGGCCAAAGAAGGGAAAACGAAUUUAUCAGCCCUUCAACGCAAACUUCCAACACCUUUCCUAAAUUGCCUCGACUAUUUCGAAAAACGGAACAUCAAACUUGUUGUUCGUUUAAACACGGAACUUUACGACCGAAAUACAUUUUUGGAUCGCGGGAUCGAUCAUAUGGAACUUUAUUUCGACGAUGGCACGAAUCCUACGGACGAAAUUGUCCGAACCUUCAUUGAUGUGGCUGAUCGGGUCAUCGAGGCUGGCGGCGUGGUGGCCGUACACUGCAAAGCGGGUCUAGGCAGGACAGGCACGCUUAUAGGAGCGUAUAUGAUCUGGAAGUAUGGAUUCACAGCCAAUGAAGCGAUCGCGUUCAUGCGCAUCAUAAGACCUGGCAGCGUUGUGGGCCCUCAGCAGCAAUACAUGUAUCUAAAACAAUUGGAAUGGGCUAAGUGG